AAAAUGUUCUUAGGUUAACUUGAGAUAAUGCAAAGAGUAUAAAAGUGCUGUGAAAGGAAAGACAAGUCAACAGUCAGUGUUGCCAAAAUGUUCAAAUUCGUCGUUUUACUCGCCCUUGUUGCUUCAGCACUCAGUGCUAGCCUCAGCCCAGCAGUCGACCCAGAAUGGGAAGGCUUCAUUGUUGGAGGUUCAACAGCCUCAGCUGGUCAAUUCCCACAUCAAGUUUCAUUGAGAUCAAGCGCCAAUGCUCACUUCUGCGGAGGUUUCGUCAUCAAUAACCGUUGGGUUGGAUCUGCUGCUCAUUGCACAAUUGGACGUACAGUUGCAAACACAGUCAGUGUUGUUGGAACAAAUCACCGUACAUCAGGAGGUAUUGCUCACUCAACAUCCCGUAUUGUCAACCAUCCAUCAUACUCAUCAGCCACUCUUGCCAACGAUAUUUCAAUGGUCAUGACAGCAUCAACAAUCGCAUUCACAUCCCUCGUCCAACCAAUCACUCUUGGAUCAGCCACAGUUGGUGGUGGUGUUAGCUCAACAGCCUCAGGUUGGGGACAAACCUCACAUCCAGGUACAGCUGCCACAAACUUACAAUUCUUGACCAAACCAACAUUGACCAAUGCUGACUGUCGCUCACGUCACUCUGCUGCCAACGCUGCACGUGUCUUUGACAACACAAUCUGUACAUUCUUAAGAUCCGGUGCCGGUAUGUGCAUGGGUGAUUCCGGUGGUCCAUUGAUCGCUGGUGGAACCGUCAUUGGUGCUGUCUCAUGGGGUAUUGCUUGCGCUCAAGGAUUCCCAGAUGUCUUUGCCAGAAUCAGCUCACACAGAACCUGGAUGAUCAAUCAAAUGUAAAUCAAGGUUGAAUGAAUGAUGAGCGGGAAUGUUUUUUGUGCUGAACAAGAAAUAUUUUUGACUCGGUUUUAUUUUCUGGAAUAAUGUUACUUACAAUAAAGAUCAAUGAAUUUUGCAUACUU